AUGGCUUUUGGAAAUUGCGCUCUGUUUUUCUUUUGGUCUUUAAUAAUUGUAGUGAAUGGAGCGAAUUUUCCGACCGGAUGUUCAUACCAUGAUGAAGUGGACUCAGUUCAUCUUUACAAGUGUACGUUUGGUUCCGUCACUUUACCUCUAACAUACAGUACGUUCAGCGACCCUCUACCACAAUGGAUUCAAAUAACCAAAAUCAACGGGAACAUGAAUGCAGGAUCUUUUACUGGAUUUGGAUCCUAUGACACGACAAAACUAAGCCACGACAAAAACCCAACACUUCAGCUCUUCUGCACUACAGGAGGUUCGUUAAAUUUACAAUCUACAUCCUUCAACACUUUAGGAUACAUCCAAGAAGUCGAAAUUUCAAAUUGUAAUGUCAAUCUUCCCGCCAACGUCUUCUCGCCGUUUGGAACCCUGAACAGAUUGACGAUUAGCGGAGGGACCUUGACUCUGAAUGCUGCUACAUUUGAGGGACUGACAAUAGCACCGAUUGACAAGUAUGCCGACGCCGCUGGAGAACUUACAAUCAAAGAUCUGACCCUCAGUGGAGGGUUCCCAGCCAACGUUUUUACACCCAUAAAUCAAACAAGAUCCAUCCGCGUUGAAAAUGUUGGACUGACAUCCAUUGCUGAAACAGUGUUUUCGUCCAACACUGGUUUACACUCGCUCUCUUUGAAGGGCAACUCUAUAGUCGAUACUAUCCCCACUACCUUCUUCAAAGGACUUGAUGGUUUGGUAAUUUUUGACCAGACCUCUUUCCAGUGGACAUGUACGUGCGAUAACGUGUGGUGGUGGCCGAAAGCAAGUUUGAAAAAUAUCACGAUUCAAGGUGCUGCCAUCUGCAGCGGCCCUGCUGACGUUGCUGGCACACUUGUUGGGAAGUAUUAUGAUCAGAACUGCGUGACAAGUAGCGUAUGUGGAGACACCAUGGGUGUGGCUAUCGGUUCCACUUGCCUCCCCUUAGGACAUCUUGUCGGGUUCGGUCUUAUAUUUGUGAUGCUAAUUAUAUGUAUUGUAUCACUUGCUUGUAUCUUACACAUGAGGAAAAAUGCUCUGGCUGGACCAGUCAAAAAGACGAGGAAGGGACCCCCACCACCAGGUGCCAAAAAGGGUGGGGGCGGCGGCGGGGGUGGUGAAAAGAAACAAAGAAGGGGGAGUGGAUGGGUCUGA